AUGUCUACGCAGACAUUUUCUGUAUCUUCUCAAGAUGUCAUGACGUCGAUUGUCUUGCCAACAAUCGUCUUCUGCAUUGGGAUGGUCGUCGCGAUGCUGGUAUGAUUCAAAUUUCUAACCUCCCAUUAGUUUUUCCAGGUUGGCAUAAACAAAUGCAAACAGUGGGAAUUGGAUAAAGUUGUGGAAAUGAGGCGAACAAGACGCGUUUUGCAGCGCGUGACAAAUCUACUGCGCGAAAAAAAUUUCAAGACAAUUCAAAGUUUGAUUUUUUCGUUUUUCUAGAAAUAUGAUUAUGUUUCAGAAGCUCGUAAUAUGAGAAAAAGAGCUGCGAAAAAGCAGAAUACCUCUGGAGCCUUCGCUCCACCGCUCUACGCAUCCCAAUUAUCUCAAGAAACCCCGUUAGUGCCAAUAUUUAGAUGCCCAGGUAAAAAUCGAUGUUUUCAGUUGUGGAACUUCACCACCUCCUUCCUAUGAGGACGCUCUGCUUGAUGAGUAUUACCGUGAAUGUCUUCCAAGGAGGUUUUUCAUUCUUAAUUUCUGUCUUGGAUAUCGAUUAGUAGUUUUCUGAAGAUAUGCAGCAAACUCAGUCAAAAUUGCGUGCAACUAAACCGAAUCAAAAGGAUAACUUAGAUGUGCAAACCUUUUUUUUUGACGAUUUUUUUUGUGAGUUUUUUAUUAUACUACAAAAUUUGACAACGUUUUUAAUGAUGAAAUUUACAUUUUUCUACUGAGAGCCUAGAAGUGAUUGAAGUGAGAGAAGGCAAGUUUCCGAAAAGUUUUCAAGAAUAAAAAAUCUCAAAACCUUCCUUACUUUCCUUUUGAAGCGACGAAUUUCAAAAUAAAAAGGGGAAAAUUACUCUCGCUACUUCUUGCAUCAAGAAGAUCCAUAGUGAAAUUAGCGCCUUUCAUGGAUUUUGGGUGGUAUGAAAAAAACACCAGCGAGACUUCAAACGGCGACUUUUCCGAUUUUUUCAUAUCGCUAGAGAACUUUCCGACGAAUUUUUUUCCGAAUUUUUUUUUUCGAUAAAAUCUGAGUUUUAAAUCUUCCUCUAUAAAGUAGGUAGUUUAUUCAUGAUUAAAACACAAAUAAAUAGAAAAAAAAUGUUAAUAGAUGUUUUAAAAACCGAAAAACAUAAGGGAAAAAAGUCGGAAAGGGAUCCGUCGGAAAGUUCUAGCGAUAUGAAGAAAUCGGAAAAGUCGCCGUUUGAAUUUUCGCUGGUGUUUUUUUCAUACUACCGGAUUUUGAUAGGUCAAGAUUCCAAUGUUUUGAGAACACCUUAUUGAGAGCACGAAUAUAAAUAGUCUGUUUUGCAGACGUUCGACGAUCGUGUCAGAUCAUAAAAGAAGAACUUCAAGGACGUCUACCAGCUCACGUCACGCUGCUUCUACAUCGCGUAAACGCUCUCGAAGUACUGCUCGCAAGAAUUCAACUUUCAAUGUUUGA